AUGGCUUUUCCUUUUUUUUCGUGGAGGUUAUUAUCUUCACAAUAUCAAGAAAAUGAAAUGUUUUCACCAAUAUCACCUGCUACAUCCCCACCUGUAUAUAGAGCAGUUUCUAACAGACAACAACAUGUACAGGGAGAUGGGCCUCACCACCAAAGACAACACCAUCGUCAACCAGAACAUGAACAAAACCAACAACAUCAUCAGUCUAGGGCUACCAGACCUCAAGCAUUCCAAACUAGCCACCCCCAUUCCCAUUCUCAUUUAGAAAACCAUGUAGUUCCAAAUCAUCUAAUAGCUCUGAGUCCUAGUCACAGCAGUCCACAGUUAACUGCAGGCAGUGGAUAUCAACCCAGUAAUGUUUAUACAACUAAAACAUCAUAUAGAAGUCAAAUGUAUCCAACGUUAACAAAUCGUAGCCAAUCAUCAUCGAGUAAUCAGUCUGAAUAUGAUAAUAUGAGAUCUGGUGGAAGAUUAGAGGGUAGUUUGGAUAGUGGAUUUAGUUCUGCUAAUAACAUGUAUAAUAUUACCUCCCAACAGAAGAGUCAUUAUGAUAGUACCGAUAGACUAAAAUCACCAGUGCAUGGUACAUAUGAUAAAACAUUGACUACUAAACAUGGUAGUUUGGAAGGUGCUUAUCGUAAAAAAACUAACAAGAGUGGCAAUAGUUAUGGAAGUUUAGAACGUAAUAGGAAUAAGAAAAAGGACUAUAGUAAUAAUAGUGGGCAUUAUAAUGAUCCAAGAUCACAUUACGGAGGAAAACGUGAAUCAGGAUCAGAAUAUAGUGAUCCAGAAACACCCACACCAAAUACCAGUCAUUGCGUAGAAGUUCCAGUUCAUCAUGAAACUGAUGAAAGUCAUUACUAUACAACUAAACAAUUUCUGUAUGGUGAUUCAUUUACCAGUCAAGAUUUAUCUCCUCUUCCACCUACAAGUCCACGUAAAGAAUAUACUGAUCAUGUUUUACGUGAACAUGUCAACGAACAAAGUUAUAGUCCUCGUACAUACGAAAGUUCAUAUUCCAGAUCUGAACGACGAGCAUAUUCACCAACAUAUGAACACAAUGUAAGUUCUAGUAGUAUUAAUGUAAAAAGAAUUGAAUCUCAGCCAUCAGCUAGUAAAUUAGUGACUGUCAAACAAUUUCAACCACAUACAGAAGUUUCCAAACCAUAUGAAUUAUCAGACUUUUAUAAAUAUAGUGAACGCUUACGUCGACAGCGUCAAGUGGAUGUUUAUCAAAAACAAUUGAUAGGUGUGGAUAGAUUAUCACGCUGUAGUACACCAUCACAAUCUUCAGAUGGUGAUUACGCCUCUAAUACUAGUCAAACAAGCCAACCUGGUAGUCCAUAUCGCAGUACAACUCAUGCAAACUAUCGUGGUGAUUAUCAACAAGCUUACUCACCAGGACCAGCUAGUCCUGAUAUCUCUACAUCAACAACUUAUCAUUCAGUGAAAGCACCAGGAAUUCAGUAUGCUACUAAAACUGUGUAUAAGUCUCAACAUAUUGAAAGUGGAGCACCGAAACAUAGUACUUAUCAAGCUCCCCGACCUAUGACUUGUCAACCAGUUAAAAAUAUGUAUUCCACAUCUGCCAGUCCAAGCCCAGUAUCAUCCAGACAAGAUAAAGAUGUUACAAGUUUACCAUCCAGUGAAAGUACUAGUAGUUUUACAGCACCACAAUCUCUAGUUGAUGGAUUUAGUGAUGAAGUAUUAGCAUGGUUAGAUGAUCAGAACACACCUCAACCACCAACAUUAGUUUAA